AUGCUACAUAAGGCUUUGGAUGAAGAAACAGAAAAUGUACGCCGAAUCAACCAAGUACUUGGGACUAACUUGGGUUUUGAAGAUGACGAACUCGCUCGCACACUAUACAUUAUUGCCGAACAAUCCAGUAACCCAUACGAAAUGAUGACGGCAAUAGAGAGUGAACAACUGCGCAUGUACUAUAUACCAACGGAAGUAAUGUACCAAAUAUGGACAGUAGUGUGUCAACCGCGACGAUACUCUCCGAUGGGUGGAGUUAACAUUUGGCACAAAGACUGCUACGCCCGGCAAGACAAACACAACAUACCCGUAAUGCGAAUGAGGCGUCGAUUAUGAAAUAGUACCAGCGUACAUUAGCAGAGAAAGAAAAUUAGCACAAAUGGAGAAAAACGAUUACAAUGGCAAGGCUGCAGAUGUCAAUAGUGCAUAAGAGCGAUCUCUUGUUCACUUUCAUCAAAGACCACAAAUUUGGACACCUGGUCGCGUUACAACUUUUAUUAUCAAUGUAUUCACGAUAUUGUGACCGCACAAAAUGUCUUGGGCCUCGUGUCUCAACGCUAUUUGCACAGAGCACUACAAUCAGUGAUUAUUCAUUUCCUAAUAAUAUUAUGCAUAUCAAAACGCUCUUGGAUAAAAAAACAAUGACCUCAG